GAAUAGACUCAUGUUAAUGUUUAUUUAUGUCGUGAUUUCGUUAAAAUAACUUUUUAAUUGUUAAUGUGAUAAUCCACACAUAAUGGAGAAAGAUAAAAUGGUUUUAAAGGAUGAAGUAGAGAUUCAAGAGGAAUUUCUCUGUGAUAUGAAUACUGUAUUUGAUAAAAAUCUUGUAGAAAAUAUUCAAAAUAUAAAUGAUAAUAUGAUUAGUAUGCAUACUAUUAACCAAGAAAAAAGUGAGGACUUUAAUACUAUUCAAAUAUUGGUUGAUGUUAAAUCAGAACAGGAUAUUUCUGAUGUUAAUACACAUCUUAGAAAUGAAUAUUUUAAAGAGAUACGAAAACGAAGUAAAAUGAGAAGAGCAUCGAGAAAUGGAAAAGUGGGUAGUGGGAUAAUGAUAUGUAGAUUUUGUGGAAAUUUAUAUACAAAAAAAGAAGAAUUUACUAGCCAUAUCUCAAUUAAUCACCAUAUAAAAAUAAAGAAAACAUAUCAUAUUAAAUUUAACAAGAAAAAUAACACACAAAAAUCCAUUACUGAUCUUAAUAUAUCUAGAAAUUUUGAUAGAGAUGUUAAAGAUGAAAUUGAAGUAACUGAAUAUGAUUUAAAGGAAGAAUUUCGAGGAAGCAGCAUAUUUGAACUCAAUAUUAGUGUUAAUUCUAUUAACAAAAACUCCGAUUUGAAUUUAUGCAAAUCAGAAAAACGAUUCCAAUGUGAGAUUUGUUCGAAAGCCUUUCAAAGAUUAUUUGAUUUAAAAAGACAUUCGCUUACUCAUACAGGAGAAAAGCCAUUUGAAUGUUACGUUUGUUUGAAACCGUUUUCACGGAAAAGUAAUUUGAACCGACAUUUUCUUUUUACUCAUAAAGUAGAAAAGCCAUUGAAAUGUGAUGUUUGUAUGGAAUAUUUUAUUAACAAAGAAGAUUUAAACAGACAUGAGUGCAAACAAGUAGAUGAAAAAACAUUCAAAUGCAAUUUAUGUUCGAAAUUAUUUAUAUGUAAAGGAAGUUUAAUGAGACAUCUGUUUCUUCAUACAGGAGAAAAACCAUUCAAAUGUAACAUUUGCAUGAAACAGUUUACCAAGAGGGGAGAUUUCUACAUCCACCUACAGACCCACAAUGAAGAAAAACCAUUCCGAUGUGAUAUUUGUAUGAAAUCGUUUUCACUUAAGGGAUAUUUAAAUAAACACUUGCUUAUUCACAGAGGAGAAAAACAUUUCAAAUGUGAUAUUUGUUUGAAAUCGUUUUCACAAAAAGCAUAUAUGAAGAGACACUUGUUGAAUCACACGGAAGAGAAAAAAUUCCGGUGUGAUAUUUGUUUGAAAUCAUUUUCUUGGAGUCAGGAUUUAAAGAGGCAUUUACUCAGUCACGAAGGUGAAAAACCAUUCCGAUGUGACAUUUGCUUGAAAACAUUUGUAAGAAACGAUUAUUUAGAGACACAUUUGUCGAAGCAUUCAGGUGAAAAGCCAUUCGAAUGCUUUAUAUGUUCAAAAUCGUUUUUACGGAAUCAGGAUUUAAAAAGACAUACAAUUUGUCAUCAUGGUGAGAAACCGUUUAAAUGUGAUGUUUGUUUUAAAUCGUUUGUAAGAAACGAUUAUUUCCAAAGACAUUUGUUGAAACAUUUGGGGCAAAAGCCUUAAAAAUAUGACUUUUGACUUGGAAAAAUCAUGUGCUUUGAUUUAUAUAGUUAAAUAAAAUUUAAAUGAUCCACAAUUUAUUGGUUUCAAUCAAUUUUUUUCUAAAAUCUUUAUUUUUACAACGAAUUUAUAAAAAAAAUCGCACUGAAAAAAUUUUAUAUAAUUUUGGUAGUAUGCAUAAACAGGUACAAGUACACGUUCUAAGAAAAAUGAAUUGCUCUGGUAUACAAAUACCCAUUUUGGUCGAUAUUAAAUAUAGACUAAGUGAUUUUCUUCGCCUAAAUACUGUCAUAACUCAGAAAAUCUCUUUUAUUGUACUAUUGGUGCUAGAAAACUAAAAAAUCUCAUCUCAAAUAAUUUCAUAUAAAUAGUUGCCAUUGCAGAACUUUGUCAGUUUUUGAGCUAUCAUCCGAAAAGUGAUGAAUAAAAUUAGAAUUAAUUUCCACCGGUUUUUACUCCAUAGUUUUUUUUGACUUAUGACACUAUUUCAACGGCGAUACGAUAUAAUGCCAUGUAUGAUGUGACUAAAUUAUUAAAAUAAAAAAAAUCAAGAUCAUGAGAAUGUUAUUCCUUCUAACCAAAUUUACAUCGACUGCGGGAUCUGAACCGACCUAAUUAAAAUAUUUUAAUAUCUAAUUCAGUUUUUUUUCUUUGAAAAUAGCACCCUAACAUCUGGCCGAAUUUGCCCAAAUUUCUGUCCGUAUUUACCACUAAUAUCUAAUUUAUUUUACCUGAAAUAUUCCAAUCUUUUUCUCUCUCAAAUUUGUGUUAAAGUUUCUUAAUUGAAACCUAUAUCAAGAAAGUUAAGUAUAAACAUUGAUCAAUUUAUCAUCUAGUUCGCCAUUUUCAAGAAUGGGUUGACAACGUUGUUAUUUGUUGUUCAUAAAGAGUGUAUAUAUAAUAAAAACACUUUACUACGUUUAUUUUAUUUAAGU